AUGAUAAAGCUAGCCUCAAGGACUGUGUUGUCUACACAACUAAUGACACAACAACAUACUUUGAAGACUGUUGCCCUACCCUCAAGUCUACUACUACAACAACAUGUCCGCAACUACUCCGAUGGCACACUACCAGUCAAACCUGUCAUCCCCAACCUCUCACAAUCAAUCUACGACAAACCUCUGCGUCGUGUACUGUUCAAUGUGCCCGGUAGUGAUAAGCGCAAGGUUGCCAAGGCAGUCGGCCUCUCAAACAAGAUCGACUCGAUCGUGCUGGACAUUGAGGACGGCGUCGCAAUCAAUCAGAAGCAAGAGGCACGCGAUGAGAUCGCACGCUCAGUCGUCAACGACAAGUACAUUACGUCUGAGGUGCUGGUGCGCGUCAAUGGCGUGGACAGCGGGCUGCUCGAAGCCGAUCUCGAGAUGCUGGCCAAGGUCGCGUCAUACAUCGACGGCAUUGUCGUACCCAAGGUUGACGACGCCGCGCACCUGCAGUACGUAACUGCAUUGCUGCGCCACUACAAGUUCAAGAAGCAACUCAAGAUACUGGCGUCGGUCGAGUCGGCGCGCAGCCUCGUGCACCUCAAGGAGAUAUGCAACUAUCACCGCCUGGCCAACGAGGAGAGCCAGCUGGACGCGCUGAUCUUUGCCUCGGAGGACUACUGCGCCGAUACGGGCAUCACACGCACGCCCGAGGCCCAGGAGCUGCUGUACGCGCGCAGUCACGUGGUAAACCACGCGAUCGCCAGCGGCCUGCAAGCCAUCGAUAUGGUGUGCAUCAACUACAAGGACCCAGACUAUCUGCGCCGCGAGGCCAGCGAGGGCAUCCGCAUGGGCUUCCACGGCAAGCAGGCAAUCCAUCCCAAUCAGAUAGACAUCAUUUGCGAGCUCUACAGGCCGUCGCCGCAGAAGUUUGACUUUGCCAGUCGCAUCAUCGAGCAGAAUGAGGUGUUCCAGGCACAGGGCAAGGGAGCAUUCGAGCUCGAUGGCAAGAUGAUAGACAUGCCCAUGGUCAAGUGGGCCAAGAACAUCGUCUCAAUCGAGUCCUUCUAUCCCAAGCGAGAGGACUCUAGCAAUGAUAAAUGGCUCGACAAGGAGCAG